CACUCAACAGAUCAGCCAGAAGAAACUUACAUAGGUGUGUUUACAGCGUGAGAUCUACCCGCAGGUUCUAUGACAGCUAAUUUGUGCUAACGGUUCUUUCAAAGAAGGGGGAAUUAGGUGUUUUUUUAAUUACACAGCUAGCAUCUAUAAUAAAACACAAUUGCACGCUAAAGGCUAGCGGAAAACCCUAUCUAAAUUAUGACAGCCAAAACUUUGGAGAAAACUCCCGUAACUCUCAGUGGUUUUGUACACCCUCUGUCCGAGAGCAUCUACUCAGUGGACGAAAUCGCAACAUCACUACCAGCUUCGGUGACUAUUUUUCCGAAUGCCGAUAUAGGGGGGCAUUACGAUCACAUUAGUGGAUCUUCGGGAGAUGGCUUGAUCAAUGGGGACAUGAGUACAGAGAAGCGAUCUCUCGACCUGUCUUACUCCAGCAGCUUUACACAGCCCUCGGCUCCUCGCAACCAGACUUUCACCUACAUGGGAAAGUUCUCCAUUGACUCUCAGUAUCCAGGUAACUGGAACCCAGAGGGCGUCAUUAACAUCGUCAGCGCCGGGAUCCUGGGCAUGACCCAGCCUUCUUCGGCAUCCUCCUCACCGGCAUCCUCAGUUUCUCCAAACCACUUCUCUAGCACCUUGAGCUGUACCAUGGCGCAAAACCAGCAGGACAUGGAUCAUAUCUACUCUCCACCACCACCUUAUUCGGGCUGCUCGGAGGUGUACCAAGAUCCAUCCGCCUUUCUGUCGACGUCCACCUGUCCCAUUUCUUAUCCUCCACCGUCCUACUCGUCGCCGAAGCCAACCACCGACAGCAGUCUUUUCCCUCUUAUCUCAGACUAUGCCGGCUUCUUCCAGCCUCCCUGUCAACGGGACAUGCAGUCCAUCCCUGACCGAAAACCAUUUUCAUGUCCUCUGGAGUCAUUCAGAGUCCCGCCGCCACUGACUCCGCUUAACACAAUACGGAAUUUUACUUUGGGAGCACCACCCCCAGAAGGACCCAGAUUACCCACGGCUUACAGCCCACAGAAUUUACCCCUGAGACCAAUACUGCGGCCGAGGAAAUACCCUAACCGACCAAGCAAGACCCCAGUUCACGAGCGGCCAUACCCGUGUCCGGCAGAAGGCUGCGACAGACGGUUCUCCAGGUCUGACGAGCUAACUCGGCACAUUCGAAUCCACACUGGACACAAACCCUUCCAGUGUCGGAUCUGCAUGCGGAAUUUCAGCCGUAGCGACCACCUCACCACCCACAUCCGCACGCACACCGGCGAGAAACCCUUCGCCUGUGAUUUCUGUGGCAGAAAAUUUGCCAGAAGCGAUGAGCGGAAGAGGCACACCAAAAUCCAUCUCAGACAGAAGGAAAGAAAAUCUUCAACCAUUCCGUCAACAAACACGAACUCAGAGCGGUCCGUUACUAUCAGCACCUCUUCUGGAGGGGUGUGCUCCUCUGGCACGGGCCAGUUGGCUGCAUGCCCUUCUAGGGCUGUAUAAGAAACACUAUGUAUACAACAACCAUGGUACUAACAACAAAUUGGGACAAAGGGUAAAAAAAUAUUAAAUUGUAGAUGUUGUGGAUGUUUCAGCUUGUGCACGAGUCACUGAUGCUGGCGCGAAAUGCCAGUCCAGCAUCAUCUCCUAUCCCGUGCACAUUCAGCUGACACAUGCUUGUCCUGCUCUGAGUUAGCCAGUUUUUGCCACAGCCAAAUGUUGAAUGACUGAAACGCACUUUGUUAGGCUAUUUACUGUAGGCCGGCAGCGAGCUGAUUUCAAUGAACUUGACAAGAACAGACAGGAGCGUGGCGGGGAUUAGGGAAAAGUAACGCAGGCACUUUGUGCAGAGUUGCGUCUUUCCUCAUAAAAAAGUCCAUAAGACAGUUUGCACUAUGCUGUGGUAAACUGCCAUCAUCUGCACUGAUCGCAAAACGGAGGGUCAUAUUGAAUAAGGUUAACAAUGACAUACUUGCAAUAACUGAAAAAAAUGUUAUGUGUAGAACGUGUUGGUGUUAACAUGCUUGUUGAUCGUUUUCUUCCUUGUUGUGCCUUGCCUUGCCAGUUUUUCGCCAUCUCUGUCUGUACAUAUUUCCAAGGACUUUUUAAACUGUAUAAUAUUCUUCAUUUAAUAUCAAUUUUUAGAAUUAUAUAUUUUUGUACGCAUUGUUUGUUGUCAUUUUCGAAAGUGUUGCAUUUGUAGCAUAUAGGCCUAAAAAAGGAAUGUAAAUAAUUUAUCACUCAUGCCGACUCGACGUUUGUGUGCCGUGAAUGUUUAUAAGACUCAAAUAAAUGUAUUUGGAACAAAACCACUAACGGAGGUCAAAGAUGACCACAUAAUUAAGACAUUGUGUUCUUGUCAGCCCAAAAAGACGAAAUAAAUGACUAUGAA